AUGUCUAUCAUAAACGUUGGAGCAACUCCAGGAACAUUUUUGGCAUUUUUGACAUUAGCUGCAAUUGUAGUUGCAGUUUUAUCCACUACUUUUAUAAAAGCAAUUUUUUUUGUUAAAAUAACACCAAGCGAUCCUACCGACACUAGAUUUCUAACACUUGGACUAUGGGGUACUUGCGUUCAAAAUACUGGUCCUUUAGAAUGCGAAAGUCCAAAAUUUGGCUACACGUUUGAUCGUUCAAGAUUGAAUAUAGUAGUUCCGGAUGGUGUUGUUAUUCCAACUGUUGGUAGCGCUUUAGGUUAUUUAGCUAUAGUUCAUAUAUUUGCAAUAUUUUCAUUACUUGUCACAUUAUUACUUGGUAUAAUAGCUCAUAUACGUGCUGCAAAGCUUUUAUUAGGUAUUGCAUCGCAAAUAUCAAUUUUAUCAACCGGGAUAUUAUUAUUUUCCUUCAUUGUUGACUUUAUAAUGUUUAAUAAUGGCGUGAUGACUAUAAUUAAUACGAUUAAUGUGAAUAGUCAAUCGGCUAAUUCUUAUAAAGCAACCUUUGGUAUCGCUUAUUGGUUGGUAUUGAUAAGUUUAAUUAUAUCAGUUAUAGCUGCAAUAGCCUUUUUCCUUGGUAGAAAAUAUAUAAUUAGGAAAAAUUUUUCCAUUGAAGAUGAUGAGUCUUCGGAUGAUAUUACUAAUACUACAAUGGUAUCAGAUCCAGCAGACAGAUAUGAUCCAUUUAAAAAAACAACACAGCAACAACCUUUUUAUACAACUAAUAAUAUGGUUGUUAAUAAUGAUUAUGAUUAUGACAAUGAUAAUCGCAUAGUAAAUAAUUAUCCAGUUGAUGAUGAAAAUUUUGCAUAUGACAAUCUUCAAAAACCCUAUCCACCAAAUUAUUUACAAAAGCCGCAGCAACCAAUAAAUCCAGAGACUAUUGAAUAUUCUCAGCAAAAUAAUACUAAUAAGCACACUUCUGAUACUUAUUCACUGGAUGAAUUUUAUACUGCGCCCAGUAAUCUACAACCACAUUUCCAAAAUUCUCCUCACCCACCACCAAUGCAUAAUAAUAAUGGCUUCAAUAAUCCACCUCAUUCAACACAAAGUUCUACUUCCAACAUCUUUUAUCAUUCGCCUUCAUCCCCUUCAUCACCACACCCACCAAUAAAUCAAAAUGCACAAUUACAACAGUUACCACCACCGCAGCUACCUUUACAUUCAAAACCUACCCCCACACCUUCUCCUGCGCCAAAUACAACACAAUUCUUACAACCAGAUUCUUCACCAUUGUACCAGAAAAAACCGCCUGGUCAUUCACAUACCCCACUACAACCAUCAAAUCAACUUCCAUUCGGAGCUGUUACUUCCGCCCCAUACAAUUCUUCUACGUCUCCAAGACCUGGCUAUACCACACCACCACAACCAUCAAAUCAACUUCCAUUCGGAGCUGUUACUUCCGCCCCAUACAAUUCUUCUACGUCUCCAAGACCUGGCUAUACUACACCACCACAACCAUCAAGUAAACUUCCAUUCGGAGCUGUUACUUCCGCCCCAUACAAUUCUUCUACGUCUCCAAGACCUGGCUAUACUACACCACCACAACCAUCAAUCAGUUAG